CUCCUCUUUGUCGUUUGACAAGUGUUUUAUUUCAUUUUUCAAGUUUUUGCACAAUAGCAUCCGACUAAAAUCAGUUAUUUCACUUAAUUAAGGUUAUUUAAUAUUCACUUUGUACGACUUCAGUGAAAAUAUAGUGUUUGUCCAUUGAAAUUACUUUUGUAUACAUCGUUGUAGCUACAGACGCUUGUCACGGUAAUCAUUAUUUCGCAGUCGUAAUUGGAUCUCGAACGCUGUGGGGAAUACCAAGGGACUCAUUUGAGGUGUGUAACCAUGGACACCGACGAUGGGGAAUCAUCAAGCAGCGGCCCAAUGUCCAGCUUAAAUAGCUUGUUUUCUUUUACGAGCCCGGCUGUGAAAAAAUUACUAGGCUGGAAACAGGGUGAUGAGGAAGAAAAAUGGGCAGAGAAGGCGGUAGAUAGUCUGGUGAAGAAACUGAAGAAGAGAAAAGGAGCCAUUGAAGAGUUGGAGAGGGCGCUGUCAUGUCCUGGAACACCAUCCAAGUGUGUCACUAUUCCACGCUCCCUGGAUGGUCGAUUGCAGGUAUCGCACAGAAAAGGUUUGCCCCACGUCAUAUACUGUCGCGUGUGGCGUUGGCCCGACCUGCAGAGCCAUCACGAGCUCAAACCCCUAGAGAUAUGCCAGUACCCGUUCAGUGCUAAACAGAAGGAAGUGUGCAUCAACCCAUACCACUAUAAACGGGUCGAGAGUCCUGUACUGCCCCCUGUGUUGGUGCCUAGACAUUCUGAGUUCGCGCCGGGCCACUCACUUUUACCUUUCCAAAGGACAACGGAGCCUGCAAUGCCCCAUAACGUCUCUUAUUCCGGUUCAGGUUUUCCACCUUCAGCCAGUUCUGAAUUACCCGACACCCCCCCUCCCGCGUAUUCUCCCCCUUCGGACGAUUCAGAACCGCCCGGGGAAGUAGCCCCCGUCUCCUACCAAGAACCUUUAUACUGGGCUUCGGUCGCCUACUACGAAUUGAACUGUCGGGUCGGCGAAGUGUUCCAUUGCAGCUCCCAUUCGGUAGUGGUAGACGGGUUCACGGAUCCGUCGAGUAACAGCGAUCGCUUCUGUCUCGGACAACUCAGCAAUGUUAACAGAAACUCUACGAUAGAGAACACCAGGCGUCACAUAGGCAAAGGGGUGCAUUUGUACUACGUAGGGGGUGAAGUGUACGCGGAAUGCUUGUCGGAUGCAGCUAUAUUCGUGCAGAGUAGAAACUGCAAUCACCAUCAUGGUUUCCACCCGUCCACCGUUUGCAAGAUACCUCCGGGGUGCUCCUUGAAGAUAUUCAACAAUAGGGAGUUCGCUCAGCUGCUGUCUCAGAGUGUGAACCAUGGUUUUGAGGCGGUUUACGAGCUGACCAAGAUGUGUACCAUUAGGAUGUCCUUUGUCAAGGGCUGGGGGGCGGAAUAUCAUCGUCAGGAUGUGACUUCCACCCCGUGCUGGAUAGAGAUCCACCUCCAUGGGCCCCUGCAGUGGCUAGACAAAGUCCUCACGCAGAUGGGAUCGCCGCACAACGCUAUCUCCUCCGUCUCUUAGUCCAUCGCUGGAUCGGACCUGAAACUCCUCCCGGAGACCCACCAAGCGAGCGAGCUCCAUCGAACCAGGUAUUCAAUUAGCUAAUCUCAAUGUCAUUGUGCAUUUCGUUUUGUUUUCUCAUUUGUAAAUUGUAUUCGCAAGAGUUGCAUGUGAGAAUCUGUUGUGAUGUGACCGCUCCUCACCCGCAUCGGUCCAGAUGUGAUGCAGCUCAAACUAUGUGUCAUUUAAGUAACAUGUUAAGACAUACAUUAUUAUUGUGUAAGCGUAAAUAUUAUAUAAAUGAAUACUAUUUUAAGUGAUACUUAUACUCGUGAAUGUAUAUGACAAGGUAUAAGAUAUUAAUAAUGUUGGUGUAAAUAAUGUUUUAUUUUCGUGGAAGUGUGUGGCAUCCAAACGUGAGAAAGAGAGAGAGUUAUUUGGCACAAAUUAUUGGGUGAAUAGAGUAUUGAAUUUGAAGAGUUAUAUAGAUGUAAGUGCGUACAUACAAGCAGCACGUCAGGUUAAUGAAAUGACAUUUUAAAUGCGUAAGAUUUUGAACUUUUUUUUAGGACAAUGGCGCAAAAUGUAUGACACAAUUUGUCAGUUUGCGGUAGCCUGCUACUGCUGUACAUUAGUGUCAUUGGAAUAUUUUGCUUUCAAGCUUGUUGAAGAAUGCAAUUUGUAUUAUUGUAACGAUUGUUAUAUUAAAUAUAGUUAGAUUUUGUGGUUUCUUACCCACCUUUCCCGCCAUCGUGAUUAACAAAAAUCGGCAAAAUUGUCUUUUGAUAUUGACGUAGUAUUGAUUAUGUAUAAAGUCAUUUUUUUUUCUUUCAAGAUCUCUAUGGUGCAUUACAAGAUAACUUAAAUAUAUUUACUGAUACAGCAGUAAAGUAUUCGGGAAUACAUCAAUAUUGAGGAGCCACAAAGUCUUAGUAAUUAAUUUUAAGUGGUUAUGUGUUCUAUAUUAUUAUAAAGAUAUUUUUAAGCAUUUUUGCAUACCAAAUAACAUUGUUAUGUGAAUUUCUGAACAUUGCCCAAUUCACUCACAAAAGUUCAUUGUUAUUUUAUGUUUCAUUAUCUGCAAGACAGGCAUGUAUCUCUCGGAAUAAAUCGUGAAUAAAUAGAUAUUUAUAUUAACAGGAGAUCCAGUUACAUUAAAAUGAUAUAAUUUUUAAUUAAUUUUGCUUAAAUCGUGGUAAUGGUAAUUUUAUUUACUUUUAGGAUUUCUUAAACUUGAAAAGAUGUGUAUUAUUUUUUUGUUGAUUAUUUCCACUACUGUUGUAAUUUCAAUGAUACCUACCUUUUUUAUUAAUACCCGCAAUGGUACCAAUUCUGGCGUGAUUCUCUAAA